AUGUUUUCUUUAUUUUGGCAGGCGUCCAACAAGUAUGUACGCUACAAGAAGGUUUUUUCGUCUCUACAGAAGGCGGAAAUCGACAUGUACCGUGACGUAUUCAAGUUUUUCGACAAGACCAACAGAGGUUAUCUGAUAGCGGAGGACUUUGCUAAAGCUCUGAAAUGUAUCAACCAAGUCCCUGCUGAGGGCGAGGCCGAAGCUCUCCUUAAACUUCAUGACGUUAACGGUGACGGCAAGGUGACGUUCGAGGAGAUGGUCGUUAUCACCGUGAAAAGGAAAAAGAUCACAGACGAUGAGUCGGAGAUUCGGAAGGCCUUCCGAAAGUUCGACAAGAACGGGGAUGGAUUCCUGACACGUGAAGAGCUCGCUGUGGUCUUGACUUCAAUGGGUGAUAAACUUGGAGUAUCUAGCGUAGAGGAAGUUAUGGAGCAAUUCGACAAAAACCAUGAUAACGUCAUACAAUAUGAAGAGUUCGCCAAGAUGAUGGAAGGCGGAAAUGAUGCUGAUGAGGAGGCGAAAGAGGAACCAGACGAAACGAAGGCUGAAACUGAUGCUGAAGCUCCCGUGGAGGGUAAUGUCACCGAAAAAUCAGACCACAAAACGGAAGAAAAGGUUGAGGAAAAAACAGAAGUCAGACCCGGUCAGAAAGGCAGUAAAUCAGAAGGGAAAGCAAAAACAAAAGUGAACAAGACUGGCGGGAAACCAGGAAACAAAUCCGAAAAUAAAACCAACAUGAAAAGUGACGUAAAGCAAGGUGGAAAAAGUGAUGGAAAAGGUGACUCUAAAGCAGAUGCGAAGGGGAACGCGAAGCAAGCCAGUAAAUCUGUCGUAAAAACCGACGCGAAGAGCGACGCAAAUUCAGAAGUAGCGUCCAGUAAAAGUGACACUAAAUCGGAAAAUAAAACAAAUGAAAAUAACGCAAAGGGUAAUGUAAAAAGUGAAACGAAAUUACAAGGAAAAUCAAAUGCGAAAAGUGUUAAAGAAAAGGAAAGUAAACUGAGCACAAAAAAUGACACCGGAAGUGAUACAAAAUCCGACGGGAAGUCAAGUCCGAAAGUUGAAUCGAAACAGAACUCCAAAUUGCCCACCGGGAAGUCGAGGGGUGACCUGAAGUCACACGCUAGAACUGACUCAAAAGGAAGUAUAAAGAGCGAGACAAAAAUACACACAAGAACCGACUCAAAAGGAAGUAUAAAGAGCGACACAAAAACACACACAAGAACCGACUCAAAAGGAAGUAUAAAGAGCGACACAAAAACACACACAAGAACCGACUCAAAAGGAAGUAUAAAGAGCGACACAAAAACACACACAAGAACCGACUCAAAAGGAAGUAUAAAAAGUGACACUAGAUCUAAUACUAGUUCGACGGACGAACAGAUGUCCUCUAAUCCCAACAACAAAAGUUGA